CGGUGUCUUAGCGGGACAGCGGCGUACUCACCAGUUUUAUCUGUUUAUAUUGUGAAUUUACCGAACUGUUUGCAAAACAUUGCGGAGAAAACCUGCGACUUUGUUUUCGGUUUUGAUGUAAACAAAGAAAUCCAGCCGUUGUUUCGGAGUUUUGGGCUAUUAUUUUUUACCCUGGACCAAAAGCGGUUUUCCUAUCCGGAUGAGAGGAUCCCUACCGCAUUUUUGUUCCUGCAACGUGGAUAUUACGCGCACCCCGGGAGAAGGGAGACCCGUAAUAUCGGAAUAAAUUUACACAGCUAAACCCAAAACAAGACGAAGAAGACGUCGUUCAGCUUGUCGUGGAUUUCCCCACAGGAAUGCUGCUGUCCAAGCUCAAUCCUUUGGCCCACAUCCCCACCGUAGAUAUGCCGGCGAAAAUCCAGCUUCAAGUUCAUCAAGUGAAGGAGAGGGAGCCUUUCGAGAAGCUCUACCAGGUCGGAGGGGUGCUGGGCAGCGGAGGCUUCGGCACUGUGUACUCCGGUACGAGGAUAGCCGACGGUGCUCCGGUUGCUGUCAAACACGUAGCCAAGGACAGGAUCUCCGAGUGGGGAGAACUGCCUAAUGGCUCUCGGGUCCCCAUGGAGAUUGUGCUGUUAAAAAAAGUCGGGACGGGCUUCCGCGGCGUCAUCAAGAUGCUGGACUGGUACGAGCGGCCGGACAGCUUCAUCAUCGUGAUGGAGAGGCCCGAGAACGUCAAGGACCUCUUCGACUUCAUCACGGAGAACGGUGCCUUAUCCGAGGAGCUGGCAAGGGGCCUUUUCCGCCAGGUGCUGGAUGCCGUGCGUCACUGCCACAACUGCGGCGUGGUGCACCGGGAUAUCAAAGACGAGAACAUCCUCAUCGACCUCCGCAAAGGGGAGUUGAAGCUCAUCGACUUCGGCUCCGGAGCCCUGCUCAAGGACACAGUUUACACAGACUUUGAUGGCACAAGAGUGUACAGCCCGCCUGAGUGGAUCAAGUACCAUCGCUAUCACGGACGCUCCGCUACAGUCUGGUCGCUGGGUGUGUUGCUGUAUGACAUGGUGUGUGGGGACAUCCCGUUUGAACAUGAUGAGGAGAUUGUACGGGGGCAGGUCCUCUUCCGGAGAAGAAUCUCCGCUGAAUGCCAGCAGCUGAUCAAGUGGUGUCUGGCGCUGCGGCCGGCGGACAGGCCCUCCUUUGAGGACAUCAUGAACCACUCGUGGAUGCAGAGCAGCAACUCCCCUGGGGUCCCGUCCACUGUGCAGACAGAGAAGAGCACCGCAGACAUCCGGCUGCACAGCAUCAGCCACGAGCCUGCUGCCUUCACACCCCCCGCCGUCGCUGUGGCUCAGUGACCGAGGCACAUCGGUUCACUCUGGACUGCACUGACACAAGAGACUAUCACAAAAGACUUUAUUUAUGUAACAGACUUGAAAACAGAGGAGGGGCGGCGCUGUGUCGGCCCACUCGUCCGACAUGUGUGAGAUCAACGUGGAAGAGCUACACACAGAAGAGGCCGGGUUCGUGACAAAACCCCAGCUCCCUCUUUAUGUUUUUUCAACCUGGCAGGCUAGACCCUCCUCCCCUCACACACCCCAACUACUUGAUUUUUUUUGUGUCUGUUUUCUCUUCGCUCAUCGGCUCGAGUCGGUGUCAGAACAUCCUCACUGGACUCUGAUCUAGGCAGCGAGUGUUUUAUCAGCUUGCAGGAGGGCACGCUCUGUACGCCAGCUCAGUGUACACGAUGCGCAAGAGGGAGUGCAACACAUGCACUCAGAUGAAUGGCAAGUGGACAGUCCCACGUUAUGUAACCUCGAGCUACACUGUACUCUGAUCUUCUCCCUCCCUCUGUCUCUCUCUCUAUCUUGUCACUGCAGAGAGGGUGGAGCAGGGGGGGAUGGCAAAGAGGAGCGUUAUCUUAAAAAAAAAAGUGCCUUCUGUGUGAUUGUUGGGGGAACCUGGAAAUACUUGAAUUUCUAGAAACAAAAAAGGCUAGUUUUAAUGGCUUUUUUGUUCCUUAUUCUUUACAAGGCUUUAUAUUGUUUUUUUAUGUUUUUUUAUUUUUUUUUUGCUGUUUUCUUUUCCUCUCAUGGGCCUAGAUCAGUAAAGCCUAUGCCAUUACAAACCACUACUACCACUACUUCUACUACUCCAAUGUCAUUAGCAACCAGACAACCUCAUAGCUGCGGCAGCAACCUGUGCAAACAAGUCAUAAAAAAAAAAAAACAAACACUGGACUUACCUCACUCUCUUUACUACGCCACACACCUCUACUCUACAACUUCCGACUCCUCCUCUUCCGACUGCUCCAGUGUAGUACUGUAUACACACGAAAGGCUUAGGCAACCGCUCAUUCACAUCCACCUGAAUGCACACCGCAAUGCAACCUUACCAUACCAAAAUACAUCCUCUGCUCUUCAGUUUGAUUUUUUUUCUUCUUUAUUUCUUUUUUUUUUUUUUUAACAGUGCCUCAUACAGGUCAUAAUUUGGGGUGGGGGCGGUGGGGUCAAGAAUUGUAAAUAAUAGUAUUUAUUAUUGCUGUGACCUUUUCUCACUCAAAGAGCUUUUUUUGUUGUGGAAUUAUUUAUUUAUUUAUAAGAGAAUUUCGGCUGUAGGUAUAUUUCAUUCCACAGUUAUUGAAGGGCCCACAGAUUAUUUAAAAAAAAAGAAUAAGAGAAAAUGAAUUUUUGACCAUAUUUAUGGCUUGGAAUUUUAAAGAGCAGAUGUGUGUGUAUGUUUGUGUAUGUCAUGUAAAUAAUGUGUAAAUAGUCCUGAAAGCACUUCCAUCUUAAUGUAUGUAAACAUUGAACAUCUACUGAUGGUAACUGGUUUUGUUACUCUGUUGUCUGCUGUGGGAGUGAGUGCGUUCACAUUGUUUGACUGAAGUAAAUGUGAGUGUGUGUGUGUGUGUGUGUGUGAGAGAGUGUGUGUGUGUGUGUGUGUGUGUGUGUGUGUGUGUGCGCACAUGUGAGUCAUUAAAUGAAUGUGUGAGUGACAGGCACCUGUAGUUGCAUGAUUGCGGCUUGGUUUUUUUUUUUUUUUUCAUUCAAAUUAGAAUUGUAAAUUAUGUUAGAAACUAUUUUUAUACGAUUUCAAUAAAUAUUUUUUUAACCUUGA